AUGAAGCAGUGUUCGGCUGGCUAUCCGAUUCUUGAUCACGCGAACGCGCCUCCCUGGCAAACCUGGGAACCAUGGCCUUCGGCCGUCGCAAAAGAAGCGCUUCCGCUCAUCAUCAGGUUCGUGAAACGCGUCGGGCCCGAUUGGCUUCUUCUGCUCGAUCAGAUCAGUCGCAAAUCCUGCGAUGCAAUCUGCCGGGUAUCGCACUGCAUAAAACUGACAGCUCCCUUCUAUAUCCAGCCGCUCUCCUCACCCGCUGCGCAAUCCGCCCAGUCCGCCGCAAGUCAUGCCUUCCUAAAAUCACAAACCUCCAAUGCGAGUCUAUCCUCCGCGGCGGCCGCGGCGGCCCUCCGCAAUCUUACACCUACCCCGACUCAAAUUGAAAAUGUCCAGACAAAGCGGAUGGUCGAGCGCCGCGCCUCGACCCAGUCUCAGGCCCCGAACGGUCGGCGCUCCGCCAGCGCAAGUGCUACCCUACGCCGCUCAGCCAGCAACAGCUCGAUGACGGCCCGCACUUUUCGCGAUCAGUCCCCAGGUCGCCCUGCGACGAGCUCUGGUCCGGCAUCUCCGCCCAGAAACGUACCCCCAUUGCCGUCACUUCCAUCCCAAUAUACAGCGCGGAAGCAACCAGCUCGCCGUACGUUGAGCAUGGAACCAACCAUGCGAUCACCUCCAGCGUCACCACCACGCUCGGGGGCUCGGGAGCAGGGUAGAGGAUCUCCCAUUCACAUGGCCACGCAUCAGCGUGUGACCAGUCUUGGGAUGCUGCCUGAACUGGAACGAUCGGCGAGUCGCAAUUCGGUGAAUUUCUCAUACCCCACGGGCUCGCGGCCAACUUCGCCCAUUGCAACCGAGAAUACCCCCAUGAGCCUUAAUGGGGCGAUCGAGGAAUCUAUACCAGAGGAGCCUAUUCAGAAGCCUUUGCAAGAAAGAUCUCCGAACAAGUCAAGAGCACGUGCAUCCGAUAGUGUUGAGGGAAGCCCUGUGGCAAACAAGUCAGGCCGGUUGGCUGGCAGCGCAGCGGCCGCAGCUCUUGCGGUGAGUGCGCAGAAGGACAGCGCGAAAGCAAGUCCCGCUCCCGAACAAGUGCGAAAUGCGCCAGCGCCGCCAGUUGAUACUUCCGAUCGUAAUUCCCGCACCACAAAGCCCGCGGCGACCAUCCCGGAACGCGAGCACCCUUCUUCUAGGGCUUUGCCUGAAAGAUGGCCUUCUGCAGUGAAAGAACAAGAAGAGCCCGAGGACUCCGAUCGCAAUGUCGAAGAUAUUCCAACACGGCAAGGCAGAAACCGGAUGCCAGCUGCGUCUCUCACAACCGACCACACACAAGCAGCUGCCGCGCCAGUUCCCCCUUCGCCUUCAUCGGGGCUGCAGCCUGAUCAGCAACCGCAUUUGCGUGAGUCAAGUAGUCCCGGUCGGUCAGCUCGAUUUGCCAAGUUGCUUGAAGUAACUGGCACUGGCGAUCAAGUUCACCAACCUCCCCCAAGAUCGGUUUCUCCUGUCAAAUCAGCACUCAAACACUCCAGAGGGAGCUCGCUGUCUCCUGACAGAAGGCUGUCGGUGGCUGGUCGAGUUCACCCAUCGAGUGAGCUAUCAGAUGGUACUUCGGUUGCCUCUGAUGAGGGAUCACGAAUCGGUGCGAAGAAGAAGUCUGCCAAAGUCAGUUUCGACGACGAGGCGGAGGUUGUUGGUGUGGCCGCUAGUCCUCCUACCUCCCCCGAGGAAUACACGCCUGAGUCACCACCUAACAAUAAAACCAAGUCUCGUAUGAGUUGGCUUGGUGUUGGCAAGGGUAUUGGCAAGAAAAAGUCGCCAACGGACAUUGCGAGCGAUGACGAUUGGGAUACUGUCAUAAAACCGCGGCAGGAGCUUCCCUCGUUCGGGAGCAUUCGAGGAAAUCGCGAUGGUGGUCUGAAACGGUCGCCUAUCCCAGACUUCAGUGACAAUGAGUCUAGCUCCUCAUCCGACUCCGAUGUGGCAUCAAAGCAGGAGACCUCUCUCUCAAAUGACCAUGCCAUUGGAGGAAUACUUCCUCAAAACAAGCAUCAUGGAUACUUCCCGCCUAACGAUGUCACUCGCUUGGAGCAGUUGUCUGUCGUGGGGUCUGCUUCAUCCGCUGCCCCAACUGCCGAUGUGACAAAGGAUACCCAAGCUACUGGUGAAACUGCUGAGCAGCAGCCUCACGGUGGUGUGCACUCAGAUCUGACUGUGCCUGCGAUCGCUGUCGAGCCUGCUACUCCCCCGGCAGAGGAGCCCAAACAGAGCCUUGAGUCAAAAAGAUCCAGCAUGGACCAAUAUCAAAUUCCCGGCGGGUUCCCAGCUUCUGGCUCAGAGCGCAGUUUGAAAUCGGCCGCGAAGAAGACCCAAGUCCAAGCUGUGGCAAGUGCCGCUCCCAAAGCUGACGGCGGGGAUACCGAUGAGGAAUAUAGCGACAGUAUCUACAGUGAUGCCGCUGAAGAUAUUGACAUUGACGGUGAUGGUUAUGGAUCCAUCAAUGCCAUUGUUGAUAGUCGAUCAGCUCCAAGAUCGACACCGGCGCAGCCUCUGGAGACCGUGGUCGAAUCUCGCGAUGCCACUCCAAAGCCAUUGAAUCGUGUAUCGCUUGACGAUGAACGCCCCCAAGAUGCCACCAAACAGGUACCAGACCAUCGCCCCGUCACUCCUACUCAAGAGCCAGGCGAGAGUCAAGUAGAGGAGUCCCCUGCAUCCUCCACGGGCUAUGCCUACGAGCCUGUGGCCCCAUUGCCACAACCCAGGCCUGCCGCCCGUACCUCUCCAAGUCAAAAUAGCACUUCCCAGACACAGUCGAAUGCGCGGGCUCGUCCUAUGUCGGUAGCUGUUGACACGAAUGGUGCAUCUCGGAUGCAAGACCCUAGGUGGUCCAGCAACGAAGCCUCUCCUCAAAGCGCCCAAGGUAAACCGCGCCCACUUUCAGUUGGCCCGGCUUUCCACAAAGUGGGAGGAUUGCCUGGUUUCCCUCAAAGUCUUCGCCGGAAAACCUCAAACGGAAGCGACUCGUCGAGCAGCUUCAAGCGCUCAUCUCCCCGAGGCGACGCGGUUUCGAUGCGACGGACCAUGCGAGCCGGUGCUGGUGCGAACAUUCGAACCCAGCCCCCGAUGGAACGCAACGAGUCUCCACUUGACCAUCGACCUAUGUCAGCUGGCUCUUCCAAUGGCACAAUGCGCAAAACUCUUCGUGGCCCUGCCGGAGGCGAACGAUAUUCGUUCUUCUCCACGAACAAGAAGGCGCCCCCGAGAGCCAAGUUCACAAAGUCACCUCCCAAGGCUGGUCGCGCCACCCGAUUUGCCAAUUCCGAUGAUGAAAAUGAGGACGAGGCUCGUCCCCAGACUUUUGCCAGUCGAUUCGCUGAUUCUAGUGACGAGGAACAGCCCCAUAGCAAUGUUAUGCGUCCAGUCCGUGGCAUUCCCCGCCGCCAAGGUGCUGACGAUGGUGACUCCACGGAGCUAGACGACAGUUCUGAAGAGAGCCCGCGUCAGCAAGCGCGCAGAGGGAUUGCCACGGCAGCAAUCGGCUCUCCACCAAGUUCCCGUGGAAAGAACGCACCCCCAAACAUGUCUGGGAUGGCAGCAGUAGCCAAACAACGAGGCAUGACACAGAGAGACUUGGAGGAGUUCAUCAUGGCGCCUCCUAGCAGUCGGAAACCAGGGCUCUUGACACGCCUCGGGAUAAAGAAAAAUAAAAAUGCUGAUCAUCGGAUUCGCAAAUCCGACGCUGAAAGCCCUUCGCGAAGAGAUACGCCGCUAGAGCGCUCACGCAUGGAACUUGAUCAAGUGCGUGACAGCAUGGCAAAUGGAAACCACACUACAGUCACUGCAGCCGCAAGCCCACCUCCAACACACUCCAAGCUGGUCAAGAGAAACUCUAAGCGCCAGUCAACAGGGCCUGAGUCUUGGCCAUUGAGCUCCGGUGUCAGGGACGAGUCUCUCCAACCAGUUGCAGAACAACAUCUUGACAUUCCUCCCCCACCACAAGCCGCCGUGCAUGCAAUUCCAGCUCACGAUGGGAGUGUCUUUGUUAAUGGGGAUUCUCCUGCUGCAGCUCCCAUUGGAAAGGAGGCCGAUGAGCCCCGCAGCCCAGAUCUAAACAAUGAUAGUGCUUCCGAAAUCACUAACCCCGAGGAUCAGGGAGUUGCAGCGCGUGAUGUUGUGAUCGCUGGCUCUGGACGGAAGAAACGCUUCCCACUCCUUCGCAAAGCCUUUGGUUUGCGCUCUUGA